CGAAUAGCGAUUUGUCAUCCUCUAGCUUAACAGUGACAUAAAAGUUCCCAGAACAGUCUGAUUCACAGUUACAACUUCUUCAGGUACACAACGUUAAUUUAUAUGUUUGAGAAGCGUUUCAAACAUAUCUUUAACUGAUACUGUUCUAUGUAUAAUUAGCUGGUGUUGCUGGGUGGCCGAGCGGUCUAAACUGUCUCAAAAACGAAAUAGCUGGUGGUCUGGAGUUCAAUCCCCACCAAAGCCAUCCCAAGCAACCCGGGUGGAUGGGACUCGUUAGCCUUGGACGGCAACCUGUCUAAGAGAAGGUAAACUCUGAAUGUAAAACCAGGAGCCAGAAUGAUCAACAAAUUGAUCGUGGGCACCUGAAAUAUAAGAAGAAGAGGCUAAUUUCCUUUUUUUGUAAAUAUAAAUAAAUUCUAACUUAAAUUAUACAUUAAAAUGUGCUGCUCUUGUUGUUGUUCUGGUUUUGUUUUUUGUUCUGUUAGAAAAAUAAUGCUUUUUAUUAUUCGUCAUAUUCUGAGCCCUAUGUGAUAUAUUAACAUAAUAUUGCCGUACAAGAAUAUAAUAUUUAGAAUAUAUUAAUUUAGCUAUUUUGUAUUUGUUCCGGUUAUAAUUUCUUAAUUAUUUAUUUAUUGUGUGUGUUUACAUGUUUUUUUAUCGUUUAAUUUUUUUUUUUUAUUAUAUUUUUUACUCCUUUGUUUUGUUUUAUUUCCACUAAAUGUUAAUGUUACCAGUUAGUUUUUUAUGACAAACAUUUGCUGAUAUAACAUAAAUACAUUAAACACAUUCAUCGAAGAUUACAUUUUUUUUUUCAAAAUAGUUAUCAUGGCAACAUAUGAUGUUACAAACCUUAUCACCAAGAGCAGAGACGCCAAGGCAAAUGCUUAUUGCCCUUACAGUAACUUCCGUGUUGGGGCGGCACUUUUGACUAAAGAUGGAACUAUCUACACUGGUACGUCGGGUGACAAGUAGAAAAUUAAGUUUGAUUUUUUAAAAUGUCUUAUUAUUACAUUUUCAAAGUUAGAUAAAUACUUCUUAUAUAAAAAAAUAGUAAUAAUGUAAUUUAAAAUAUAUUUUGAAUAUGGUUUAGAUGUCAUUUGCUUGCUUUUGUUAUUUUUAACAUCUUUAAUAUAACGUUCAUUGGGUUAAAAAAUUAAACUUAAAAUAAUUGGAUUCCAUUACAUUUUGGUAUUUUGGUUAAAAUCAAAGUUUAUUUUAAUUCGCAUUGAGGUACUUUUUGAUUUUUCGAUGUAAAAAUAUCUUAAUUUUGGUCUGGCUUUCAUCGGAAAUUGUGUAAUAUAGAGAGACUCACUACAGAACUCUUUCAAGAAUAACCCGAUAUUGCAAAAUCUUCUGUGUGCAUAACAAAAAGUAUAAAUGAAAUUGUAUUUUAACAAUCCCUUUUUUAUUAUCAUAUCUUUACAAUUUCUAAAAUUCCAUUUGAUAUAUUUUUCUUAAAGCCGUAACCAUUAAAAUAGUAAUGAGCUAAGAAUUAUAAACGUGUAGCGAAGCAUAGUGUGACAAGAAGAGUUCAAUUAAUAGUUAAGCUUUAAAUUUUAGGUUGUAAUGUGGAGAAUGCCUCCUACGGAUUGACCAACUGUGCAGAAAGGACAGCCAUCUUCAAAGCGGUGUCAGAAGGGAAAAAAGAUUUCCAGGCAAUUGCUAUUGCCUUGUACGUACCUCAUCGUGUCAUUUUCUUUCAUCAUUAGAUGCGUUGCAAAAAAAAAAGAAAAGAAAAGAAGAUAUAUUUAAAAAAAAAAAUCAUGCAAAUAAAUAACAUAAAUAUCUUUGAAUUGGGGCUGAGCAGUGUGUACUUUUUUCUCACACAUGGCCAGGAUUCGGGGUUUUUUAUACAACAGCCGGGCUUUCCAGCCGCAGGCAAAGUGUAAAAGAAAGGUUAUCGAAUCAUUUUAGCGUGUUACUCCAACUAGGUAUGGUUUUUUUAAAAAAAAAACAUGUUUUAAACCAAUUGGUAUCACAAAUGCAUUAAAAUAAAUGUAUAAAACAGCUUGAAAAAAUAAUCCUAACCCAAGUAUUCUCAAAGAUUUUAGUGCCAAGAACUCAUUAUCAAAAUCCUCUAUUUGUGUGAAUCUAUGGCUAGAAUUUUAACUUGACAUUGAUCAACAGGUGUUUAAGAAAAGAUAAAACAAUGGGGAGGGUGGGGAUUAGCAGAUUGUUUUGGAUAUAACAACGUGUCGGUAUUGUAAUUUUGAUGUGAUGUAGAGAGAAGAAGAGAUAAAAGCAAAGAUGAUUAAAGUGCUCUGCAAAGGGGGCUCUUCAAGACAAUCAUAUAUUACGUUUGGUUACACACCUAUCUUAUUUUACAUGGAAGCUGACUAUUUUUAAUUGAGGGGGAGGGGGUAAAUUAGAAAGUAAAAACAGAAGGAAAAGAAUCAUAAUUCUAAUAUAUCUUUUGAAAUGAAAACUUCCGAAGUAUGGAUAUGUCACAUAUAAUAUUUAUCUACAAGGGAGUUAAAGAAUGUGAGAAUGAUCAUUGGUAAUUUAGAGGGUAUGAGCACUUGAAAAUAGAAACCCAUCAGAGGAGGACAAAAAGAGGAUUGAGAAUAUAGUGGUUAUUAUUAAGACCAUAUUAUUAAUGUUAAGAUAAUGAAUGUAUUGUGAUUAUGAUGUUAGCAAUUGGAGAAUAUUUUUCUAAGUGGUCUAUAAGAUCAGUAAAAGUAUUAAUCUAUUUGUGAUUAUUAUUGUGAAUGUGUAUUAAUGAAGGAAAGUCACUAGAUUUCAUUUAAAUCCACACCGCCUCUGUUGUUGAUAGAUGAUAACUAAAUUUUGGGAGACAGUGAGUGUUUAAAGACUUGACAGUAUAUUUAAUUAGAUGCUGGCAUCUACUGAAUAAAUCAUAGGUGUUUUGUUUAUUGUUCUACAUUUAAUUUUUUCGUAUGAAAGCCUAAAUGGAUUGAAAAUCAUAAUCAGAUGAAACACUUUAAUGUAAAGAAAUACUUCAUCGAAUGAAAGCAUUUAUGGAAUGAAAAAUUUCAUGGAAUGAAAAUCUUUAUUAUUUUAGUUAUUUUCUGCCUUAUAGAAAUCUCAUUUUUCACUUAUUGUUGGAGACUAUUGGCAUAAACAGAAACAUGGUAAUACAAUCAAACUUCUUUUUUCUUGGUUAAUCAUCGCAACUGUUGUAAGAUUGGUGUGCUAAUUAAAGUACACUAACACUCCCCCACCCUUAAAAAAGCACCAUCAAAAACACUCGUCUCCUAAAUUUAAUUAAUUUUUUUAAAUUGUUUUUAGCGAUGAAGUCAGAGCUUUUAGUUCUCCCUGUGGAGCAUGCCGCCAGGUCAUGUUAGAGGUAUGCCAUGUUUGAAGUAGGGCAAGAUAAUAGUCACUUUUAGAUCUCUAACACUUUAUCGGUCGGUUACAUUUUUUAAGCAUGCAAUAUUACUUAUCGUUUAUGUUAGAUGACUAAUGCACAUUUAGAAGGUGAAUAUUUUGUAUAUAUAUAUAAUAUGUAGUUAAUUAGAGUUAUGCAAUAUCACUGAUAAGUCAUAAUAGAGAUAUAUUAUAUUCAUGGCUGUAUGUUUUAGAGAUGUACAUAUUUUUUUUUUUCUUUUCCAUGAUCAUUGUCAAUCAAAUUUUUGAGUUGAUACCUCAUUGAAAAUGUUUUAAAAAUCAUAACUUAAAGAUUAGUAACCCGUUGUGAGCUCUUUAAAGCUAAGAGAAAAGAGGAAGAGAAAAAAUGAAUCAAUAAUUGUCAGUUCUUUUAAAUAAAAUAUAAUUUUUACUUUACAACUAAUAUUUUGUGUGUGUUUCAGUUUGGGAAGGACUAUGACGUCUACCUUACUAAGCCUGACUUGACCUACCAGAAACAAACUGUCAAAGAUCUUCUGCCUUAUGCAUUCGAACUCCCAAACUAGCCAUUGAGACUUCGGAGUUUGUAAUUUAGUCUUUGAAUAAGUCUUAAUCAGUUUAAUAUUAGUUUAGAAAGAAAAUCAUUCAAAUAAUAAAUUAAAAGAAUAGUUCACAAAAUUUUCCUCAGUCAAUUGUAACAUUAUAAGCGUACAAUGCUAC